CUAGUUACAAGAAAGCAGGAUUUCGUGUGGAUAUUUGCAUACCGAGUAGCUGUGAUCGAGAAGACAUUGAAAAUAUUCUUCAAUGGGUGAUGGACUCUUUAGGGAAACCAAUGGGAGUUUUCAGUGGAAACGUGUGGUUACGCGGAGAUUACGAUCAAUGCUUAAAUAUAGAAGUUAAAGACAGUAAAAUAAGAAAUUAUAAUAAAAAUCUAAACAAAAUUCAUGGUAAAUUCUGCUCACUGACUAUCGGAUGUAAUUCGUAUCGAUUUAAUGAAGUGCCAAAAGAUAUUAAAACGAGAAAAAUUUUCAGAAUGUUAGAAGAUAUUUUGAAACCACUUCCAUUGAGUAACCUAUUUGAAACUACUAGUUACAAGAAAGCAGGAUUUCGUGUGGAUAUUUGCAUACCGAGUAGCUGUGAUCGAGAAGACAUUGAAAAUAUUCUUCAAUGGGCAUUUAGAGAUCUUUACACGGCAGAAGUAAACUUUUGCAGAGUGAAAGACCAGAAGAUUUUCUUUUCUACAACCCAAACAAUUUGUAUAAUUGCCAUUAGUCUCUUUGUCACAUGGGUUAUUAUUGGAACAAUAAUCGAAACUCUACUUAAAUUUCGUAUAAUUAAAACUUUUUGCAAUAAAG